CCGGGCAGCGGCUGCACCGCGGAGCCGGCGCCACCAUGCCGGUCACCGGGAAGACUUUCCGCCGGCGCCGGGCUGACUCGGAGUCGGAGGAAGAUGAACAGGACUCAGAAGAGGUUCGAUUAAAACUGGAAGAGACACGAGAGGUGCAGAACUUGAGGAAGAGGCCCAAUGGAGUGAGUGCCGUGGCCCUGCUAGUAGGAGAGAAGGUACAAGAAGAGACCACUCUAGUGGAUGAUCCCUUUCAGAUGAAGACAGGUGGUAUGGUGGACAUGAAGAAACUGAAGGAAAGGGGCAAAGAGAAGAUCAGUGAAGAAGAAGACCUCCACCUGGGGACAUCAUUUUCUGCAGAAACCAACCGAAGGGAUGAGGACGCCGACAUGAUGAAGUAUAUUGAGACAGAGCUGAAGAAGAGGAAAGGGAUCGUGGAACAUGAAGAGCAGAAAGUAAAGCCCAAGAAUGCUGAGGACUGUCUUUACGAACUUCCAGAAAACAUCCGCGUUUCCUCAGCAAAGAAGACGGAGGAAAUGCUUUCCAACCAGAUGCUGAGCGGCAUCCCCGAGGUGGACCUAGGCAUCGAUGCUAAAAUAAAAAAUAUCAUUUCUACGGAGGAUGCCAAGGCCCGUCUGCUAGCAGAGCAGCAGAACAAGAAGAAAGACAGUGAGACCUCCUUCGUGCCCACCAACAUGGCGGUGAAUUACGUGCAGCACAACCGAUUUUAUCACGAGGAGCUCAAUGCCCCCAUACGGAGAAACAAAGAAGAACCCAAAGCCCGUCCCUUGAGAGUGGGUGACACAGAGAAGCCAGAGCCUGAUCGGUCCCCCCCGAGCCGCAAGCGGCCUGCUAAUGAGAAGGCCACUGAUGACUAUCACUAUGAGAAGUUCAAGAAGAUGAACAGGCGGUACUGAGGGUGGCUAAGGGGAGAUGUGCAGAAUGGGAUGUAAGUAGCACUGUCCCACAUCCCCCAUGAUAAGAGGCUUCCUGGACAGCAAACUGAGCAUUUGCUAGCAGACUGUUCCACACACAGGCUCUACUUGUCUAGCUUCUUACCUGCUGGAUUUUUCAGGCUCUGAAUUUGUAACCUUUGAAACAAGACAAUAUGUUGUUUUCUUAUUUGGGGCAAACUGUUCUUGUGAGCGUUAUUAAAUCUUGUUUGUAAAUAUGUUGAUUUUCUCUUAAUAUUUGCCCUGGCUCAGGAGGAAAGAGUUGUGUGUGUUCAGGGUGAGAUAAUAUUGUGUUUUUAUUAUUAUGUGUAAUCAUGUCUUCUACUUCCAAUAAUCUGGAAUGGAUUUCAGAAAUGCAUCCUUCACUGUUCCCAGUGGAUCCAGCAGACAGAAGAAAAACCUAGGAUGGAAUCAAGAGGACACUGGUGCCCUGGCCAGUUUGGCUCAGUGGUUUGAGCAUCGGCCCAUUGACUAAAGAGUCCUGGGUUUGAUUCCGG